AUGCAACCAACUGGAAAAGUCAAGUACUACGUAAAGUGCUUCACACCGGAACCGUACCAUCUUGUAAGCACCCUUCACAUAAGGGAUGUUGACCCGAGUGACGUUGGAAGAUAUGAGUGUUUCGUUGACAAUGGCAUCGGUUCUCCUGUAGUGCGGUUAAUUGAUCUCAUUUAUCCCUUUGCCCCAAGAGUGUUGGAGAUAGGGCGGUGGUCACGGGCCGCACCGCCUCACGACCCGCCUGAGACAGCUUUUAAUCACACCCAUUUAAUGCCACUUGAUCCAAUGCCUCCCACCGCGGUGGUCUGUAUUGUCGCUGCGGAGCCUGCGCCCACUGUUGUGUGGUUUCGCGAACCAGCCAACCUAACUCUUGUUGAAGGUGGGCAAUUCAAGUCCUCCAUCACUCGUCUCCAUGCCGGUCGCUACCGGGCUCUCCUUACUAUUGAGUUCGUCCGACAAGUUGAUUUUGGCAGUUACUAUUGCCAGGCGAAAAACGACAUAGGGAUGGAUGUUGGGAAGGUGAUCCUGGGCCCAACCACAUCUCCCGAUCGACCCGGUAACCCUGUUUUGAUGAAGGCCACUUCCUCAUCUCUUACCGUCGGUUGGCAACAGGCUUUCAACGGAGGACCUCCUCAAACCUUCAUCGUAAGUAAAAUGGACUCUUCUGUUUUACGAUUUCACAGCAUUAAAAGUUCAGUGGUUUUAAAUUGUUUGAAUAAGUAG